AUGGCCCAAGACUUCAUAUGGUGUACUGCUCUCGGCAUCGACAUGCAAGAUGAUCGCCAUCCCAUGGGAGCCGGCGUAGAUGCGCGGGAGCAAGCGAUCAAGCGGGCGCAAUGUGAAUGCUCUAGUCGUGGUACGUUUCAGGAGGACAUGAUAUACAGCCAUAGAGAAGGCCCAGAGGCGAGGGGGCCGCUGGCGGGAGCUCUUCUGCGACAUUGCUAUCGCGACGGCAUAUUCCAGCCGUAUAAUUCCUCGCGCAGCAAUUGCAAAGCAAUACUGGCGCUUGCGGGCCGCAGCCUCAACCACGCUCAUUUCGGUGAACAUCUUACAGUCAAAUUCCGGCAACUCUGCGUCGACUUUGUCUUUCCUUCCGGUCAGCGACAGAUCUAUCUCGAGGAAAUCAUAGAGGCUUGGACUUUGCUGCUGCGUCGGCCCGAGCGCUUAGUCGAUUGA